UAAAUUUUAGACUUUUUGGCUAUUAUAACGUUUGUGACAUAUAAUUUCCCGAACGUGAAUCCGUUUUUUCUUUCUUUCAGUUUUCGCGCUAUUGUCUAGAGUGUUUAUAAUUGUACAUUAUAUAUUUUUAAAAAGUUCUUAGAAAACAUAAUGGCAGACAGUGAUGAAGAAUAUGAUCGAAGAAGAAGAGACAAAUUUCGCAGAGAAAGAAGUGAUUAUCAGGAAAGACGAGACGAUAGAAGUCGAAGGGAUGAAUGGACUGAAAGAGAUAGAGGAAGUCGAAGAGAAUAUCGUGAUUAUGAUCCUAGAAGUAGGAGAGAUCGCUACAGCCCACUUCGUCAUGAUGUAAGCCCUCCAAUGAAACGGAUUAGAAGAGACUGGGAUGAUCGAGGUGGUUUUCCUGGAUAUGAUAUAAAUUACCCUCCUGGUAGUGGAAAUAUGAUGGGAGGGCCUCCUCAUGGAGGUUGGGGUAGUGGUAUGCCACAAGAUAUGGGAAUGAUGCAUAGUCAGCAUGGAUAUGGCAGUCAUCAAGGCCCUCAAAGAGAUAUGGAACAAGGUAUAACACAACCCCCUAUGAUGACUUUUAAACAAUUUCUUGGCUCUCAAGAUGAUGCUAUUGAUGAUCAAGAAGCUGUGAAAAAGUAUAAUGAAUAUAAAUUAGAAUUUAAAAGACAACAAAUAAAUGAAUUUUUCUUGAAUCACAAGGAAGAGGAAUGUACAAGUCUCUAACAAUAUUGUUGAAAGUAUCAAAUAGGAGUAAAGUAUAUGAAUUUAGAAGACUUGCUACAUUGGUUUGAUUAAAUGCUAUUUUGUUUCUGAAAUUUAACAUUAUAUAAUUGAUACCUAUUCUGUAAUGUUUGAUCUAAGAUAAAAUACUGUGUAUACAGAAAAUAACAUUGUACCUAAGCUGAUGAAUAUUUUCUUAAAAGUAUGUAUGUUAUAUAGACUAUAUCUAAUAAGUUUGAUCUUAUGUAAGUUCAAACUUAUUAGUAAGGGAUGUGAGGUAAAAUUUUUUUAAUAUGCUAAAUAUAGUAAUUUCUAAAUCAGAAACUAUAUGCAUUUAAUAUUAAUAAAAAAUGUAUUAUGAACUAGAUUACCCAUAAUGUAUUCUUAAUUGAAGUCAACUAAAUAGCCUACAUUUAUAAAAUGAUUAUUUUAGUUGAGGCUGCAUUUACUUGUCAUGUGAGAAUUUUGUUUAAUUUGAUUUACAUCAUUCUUGUUCCAAAACCAGUUUCUGAUGAUUGCAUUAUGUAAAUGCCAAAAAUGUUCAAUUUCUUAAGUUUAUUAAAGUUAUAGUAAAUUAACAUCAGAAACUGAGUAAUUUCUUUUUAAUUUUAGUAUCAAAGAAUUGAACAGUGAAGAUAGUUAUAAUAACUGCAAAACUUAAAUAAAAUGUUAAAAAAGAAAAUGGGUACAAUUGUAUUUAUA